GUGGGUGGGGGGAGGGUUGGGGGCGAGAGAGAAAGUAACUCCAGGACGAGACCGGAGCGACCCGCUCUGAGCGAGCACAGGCGGCGAGGCUGCUCCCGGCGCCCGACACCGGCUGCUGCGGGGGGCGGGGGCGCCCGAUCAGCCGCUCCGGCUCCGAGGGGUCUCAGGGACAGGGGCCUGGUCCAGCGCAGAUGAGUUUGCGGAAGAGAGCACUGGAGGUUCGGGUCCAGGCGUAAAGCCUGGGGCUUCCAAUGAUACUCUGGGCCGCGAUGGAAGCCUAGAUGCCUCACCGCAAGGAGCGGCAGAGCGGGUCCUCGCAUCACGCCCAAGGCUGCGCCGGCACCGCGGAAGGAGGAAGCAUGUCCCGGCUGUCUCUGACCCGGUCGCCCGUGUCUCCCCUGGCGGCCCAGGGGAUCCCCCUGCCCGCCCAGCUCACCAAGUCCAACGCGCCUGUCCACAUCGACGUGGGCGGGCACAUGUACACCAGCAGCCUGGCCACGCUCACCAAGUACCCCGACUCCAGGAUCAGCCGCCUCUUCAAUGGCACUGAGCCCAUCGUCCUGGACAGUUUGAAGCAACAUUAUUUCAUUGACCGGGACGGGGAGAUUUUCCGCUACAUUCUGAGCUUCCUGCGGACCUCGAAACUGCUGCUCCCGGAGGAUUUCAAGGACUUCCACCUGCUGUACGAGGAGGCGCGCUACUACCAGCUGCAGCCCAUGGUGCGCGAGCUGGAGCGCUGGCAGCAGGAGCAGGAGCAGCGGCGCCGCGGCCGGGCCUGCGACUGCCUGGUGGUGCGGGUCACGCCGGACCUGGGCGAGCGCAUUGCGCUCAGCGGCGAGAAGGCCCUCAUCGAGGAGGUCUUCCCCGAGACGGGCGACGUCAUGUGCAACUCGGUCAACGCCGGCUGGAACCAGGACCCCACGCACGUCAUCCGCUUCCCCCUCAAUGGCUACUGCCGGCUCAACUCGGUGCAGGUCCUGGAGCGGCUCUUCCAGCGUGGGUUCACCGUGGCUGCGUCGUGCGGCGGCGGUGUGGACUCGUCGCAGUUCAGCGAGUACGUGCUGUGCCGGGAGGAGCGGCGGCCGCAGCCCACCCCCACCGCCGUGCGGAUAAAGCAGGAGCCCCUGGACUAGGUCCUGCCGCCUGCCCGCAGACGGUGCCCGCCGACGGCUGGGCAUGAGACUGGCAGUGGGGCUGGAGGGGCCGGAGCUGGCCCAGGAAGCCCCCCGGUGCUCUCCCUGUGGGACACGAGGUGCCACAGGCACGCGGGUGCCUGUCCGGGGACUGUCGGCGGCACCUAGAGAAGCGCCGUGGGAACUCCGCCACCGGUUCCCCCGGCCCGGUGUGGCGCCCCCGAGGCUGCAGGGCCUCCACCGGCAGGGCGCUGCCUCCUUUGCCACGUGGGCAGGCGCCGAGGCCCGUCGGCGCCGGAGAUGGCUUAUUUUUCUACAGUAUUUAAGACAGAAGCAACCAUAGCGGCACAAGGCCGAGAGGCCGACAAGGACCCCGCUUCUUUAUCUGGUGCUCAGUUCUCAACUGGACCUGCGACUCUCGGGGUUGGGGGGUGGGGCCCUGUGCUAGGGACAGACCUGGGCAUGGCAGCGUGGUGGGUGGGAGGGAAGGAGAGGGGCCGGGGCUUCUGGAGCCAUCCGAGAACUCGACUGUGGCUGCCCCAGGCCCUGGCUGACCUCACACCUGCACGUGUCCAGCCCUCCUUGUGUGCAGGCAUUCCUGGGCUCCUUCCCCAGGGCCACAGCAAUCCUUACCUCAGGCAUGGGCCCCCGUAGUGAAGGGGUGAAGGGGCCAGGCCAUCAGCAGCGCCCUCUGGGUCCCCAGCUCAGGAAGUGUCCCCAGCUCCAUUUUUUUUUCCUCCAUACUAAUAUGCACACUGAAUUUUAAUGAACUCUUGUUAUACUAGCCUGCCCAUGAGACCCAUUCACAGGCAGACCCUGGGCUCCCCGGGCCCCCCUGUUCCCACGAGGACUGGCCCGAGGGUGUUCUCACAGACCUGCUGCCUCCCAGAUGACAGGCCCAGAGAUGGACACCCCAAUUUUGUCACGCUUCCCGAGGAACCAGGAGAACUACUCACGGGUGGGGCUUCCUGGCGGCCCCGCCCUCUGUCCGAUGCCUGUAGACCUGUAUAUGACUCCUUUAAUAUUGUAAAGAUGCUGAUGUACAACUGUCAUGUGUUUGUGUGAACACAUUGCGUUCCUAGUUCAUGCCAUAAAUGAUGCUAUCGAGCAAACGACUGAGG